AUGAAGAACAUUCCAUAUGCUUCUGUUGUUGGAAGUCUUAUGUAUGCUCAAGUAUGCACAAGGCCCAACAUUGCAUUUACUGUUGGAAUCUUAGGAAGAUAUCAGAGUAAUCCAGACUCCGAUUUUGCUGGUUGUGUUGAUUCUCGCAAAUCAACAUCAGGAUAUAUUUUUAUGAUGGCUGAUGGAGCUAUUUCAUGGAGAAGUACUAAGCAAACCUUGGUUGCUACUUCUACUAUGGAAGUCGAGUUUGUCUCCUAUUUUGAGGCUACUUCUCAUGGUGUAUGGCUUAAGAGUUUUAUUUCUGGGCUUAGAAUCACGGAUUCUGUUUCUAAACCUCUGAAGAUUUUUUGCGAUAAUCCAACAUAA